UCUUCUUCUUCGGAUAGAGAUGUCGUCAUCAUAUGGAGGUUGGAAAAUAUUGGCUGUAUCAUCACCGCCAUCUUUCGGCCUGGAAGGAUCACAGACUUCUCUGUUUGACGACCGGAAACAAGCCGAAGAUAAAAUCUACACCAUGUCAUGGAAAAUCCUCUCAACUCUCCUGUGUUUGCUUUUACUUCACCAAAAUGCAAGCGCUAAAGAUUGCUCUGCAGGUGAGAAGCUAGAUUACAUAACACGGGUUUGUGUGGCCUGUCAAGAUAAAUAUUACAACCCCAAAAGUGGAUCAAAUGUUCACUGUAAACCAUGCGGUGAAUGUGGAAACGGUAGUAAGGAAGUUGAAAAAUGUACAGCUACAAAAGAUGUUCGCUGCCAAUGUAAGGAAGGUUUUACACCCAAAAAUCCGAAACAAGAAGAUUGCAUAUGUAAAAAAGGUUCUGAACUGGAUAAAAGAGGAGAGACUUGCACUGAAUGUCGCAAAGGCUACUUCUCAGACAAAGAUGACUCAACUUGUCAAAAAUGGAGAGAAUGCAAAAGUGGGAUUAAGAUCCAAGGCACCAGCACUUCUGAUACCGUAUGCAAAAAUGCAUCAGAAGAGGUGACAGAAGCUCCCAAAGUGUAUACAACCUCACUGAAGACAACCUCACUGAAGACAUCAACCAUCUCGUCUGCAGCCCCUUUAAGAACUACGGCUACCUCUCCAACCAAAGACCGCUUCUACAGCUUAUGGCUGGUCAUCCUAUGCGCUGGCAUUCUUCUUCUGUCUGGACUCCUGUACUACAAGUGUAAAGUGACUUACUGCAUUCAUAACCACAAGAAAGUGGAUUCUCGAAAAGAAAGCGUAUGCAGAAAGCCUGUUGAAGAAUCUGGGGAGAAGUGCCUGUCUUUACUUGUCUAACGCAAAUUUCAGUGGUUUCCAUGUUUCUUUUUGUGAAAUAUUUUAUAUGCAAGUAAUAGUAGUUGUUAUAUAACUAGUUUAUUGUCAAUUGUUGUCAACUGUUAUCGACUAUGUUGAACUUCUACUUAAAGGGAUACUCUACUUUUUUGGGAAAUAGGCUCAUUUUACAACUCCUCCAGAGUUAA